UGGUCAAACUGUCACGCUCACUGCAGGGCCGAUCAGCGGAUGUUCUCUCAGCUUUUCUUUGUAACAACCACGAAAAAAGGUGUAUUUUGAAGCUUCUCAACGUACAGAGCUGCACCGGAGUCAAAGCCUUUUGGAUGUUUUUUGCGUUCCUGUGAUUAUUCUAAUGGGUGACUGAACUGGAGCCAUAUGGAGCAGAAGUGAUUGGCGCCACACGUAAGCUCUUUGUGGAACAGCAGAUUGCAGCGAUGCAGGUGAACACCCACUCAUGGAUCUGACCAUUUGAGCAAGAGCAACACGCAUCUGAAACUACUGCAUGGGACCAACCAAACUACAUUGAAUGUUGCAAAGUACAAGGAUGACCGAGAAGAAGUCUGAAAGAACCUCAAACGUACGAGCCUUUUUCAACGUCUCCAUCACAUGAAAGUCUCUUCCUCCUCAAAAUGUCAUUCAGACGUGGAGUUCCUCCCAACAUCAGUGCCUCGGUGUUCCAUGACUUACUUAGCUCCUCCACUCCCUCCACCGUCACACCACCUCCAUCUUGCAGCAUAGAUGAAUCCUACAAGUACAUCUUUCUGCCCAUCUGUUACUCUUUCACAUUUCUCUUCAGCAUCUCCCUGAACUCUGUCAUCCUCUACCGUUCCUUUCGCCAAACCAAGCGCUGGAAUGCCUCACUGAUCUACAUGGUGAACCUGGCCUCCACAGACUUCAUGUACGGCCUGUCACUGCCAUUCCUUGUGGCUAGCUAUGUCAUGCGUGACCAAUGGGUCUUUGGCGAUUUCAUGUGCCGCCUAGUCCGUUUUCUCUUCUACUUUAACCUCUACUGCUCCAUCUUCUUCCUCACUUGUAUCUCUGUCCACAGGUACCUCGGUAUCUGCCACCCAAUGAAAGUCAUCACACUGGAGACUAAGAAGGCUGUCAAAAGCACAUGUGUCGUGGUUUGGAUUGUAGUUUUUGCUUUGACCUGCCCUAUUUUCCGGUUUGCUCAAACUGGUCAUGUGACAAGAUUGGGAGGGCUUGACAGCAAUGCAAGUAUUAUUGACAACAUAAGCCACGAGGUGCCGUCAAUAAAUGGUAAUGGUAGCUAUGGUAACAUGGGUGGGAUCAUUGAGGAGUACAGGAAUUGUUGGGAUGAUGCCAUAGAUAAAGAGUUUCCUGAUUACGUACCCUAUGGCAUCAUUCUCCAUUUACUGGGCUUUUUUGUGCCUUUUUCCAUUAUUGCUUGGUGUUACUCUCACGUUGUUCUGACCAUAUUUAAGACUCUGCAUUCUCAGCCCUCAUCCCGCAGAGGUCCAAGAGAGGGGGGGUACGAAGGAAUGGCGAGAAAUGAAAGAAGUAACCCUGCGAUAAAUGCAAGAGGUACAAAGGGAAGGAAUGGACUGUCGAGGAACCUGAGAAGAGAUGAAGGAAUAUCCAUUUUCCUCGGUGCACACUCACCUUAUGCCAAUCGCAGACGUAAAUCAAUCAAAACAAUCAUCACCAUCACCCUUUUGUUUGCGCUGUGUUUCUUCCCCUUUCAUGUUACCAGAACCAUCUUCCUCCUGCUAAAAGUGACCAAGGGAGUCCCGUGUCACACUAUGACCAUGGUGUCCAUGUGUUAUAAGAUCACGAGGCCUUUGGCUUCAUUCAACGCAUGGCUCAACGCCCUCCUUUAUUUCCUGACCAAAGACAAGGGCGGAGCUCACUGUUGCCAGGCAGUAAACACCCCCACCCAACAACAUGGUGGGCUUCUAUUGCCGCUUAGGAUGAUGGGAAAAGUAGAGGAUGCAGAGGAGGGAGGGUUAGAAGACAGAACUGAUAAUAAGGAGACAAAAGUAUUUCACAGUCCAUCGUACAUAAACAGAGCAAAAGUCAGAUAUAUAGUUGAAUGAAGACGGAUAUUUAGAGUAAGCGUAGGGAACUUUUACUGGUAAACACAAUAUAUUAUAUUACAUGAUCCAUGUAACUAAAGCAAUAAUUAAAGAAGACCCAAGCUAGAAUUAUAAUAUCCCUUUUAUUUCUAAUUGUAUGUGCCUUAUUACUGGUCUCCGGCCAGUAAUACUGACCCACUGGGUAAAUGCAACAUGAAUGCAAAUGUGACAGCUCAUUGUAGUGAUACUUGUGGUGUUGUUUUCUUUUGAGGGGCCUAUAUUUAUAAUGUUUUUCAGGUUAAACCAGGCAAAAGAAGUCUAUGGCUACACUUUUCUCAAUUUUCAUAGAAAGGGACAGUCUCCCAAUAAAGCCAUACUUUCACAUGUUUUCACACUUUGCCAAUUGCUUUUGUAAAAUGGUUGUGUGCUUGCAGGUAGUAAGUUCGAAAAUGAUUAUUUGACAAACUGUGUUGGGAAAGCGAUACUCUUGUUGUGGUGUGACAUUCAAUAUGUAGGUGUUUUGUGAAAAUUCUGUUGACAGUGUGCUGGUUACUUCUGACUCAAUGACAAUAAAUACACCUCAUUUAGAGAAUCAGAAAUUGAAAAAUAAAAGGCAUUUUAAUUUGUGAGCAUACACUAUACCUGUCUGCCCCUUCUCUUAUAUGAUACAGAAAAAUAAAAGCAACACUGUGUUGAUUCACAGUUGUGUAGGCCAUUUUGUGAACAUAUGACUAUACAAUUUUUACGUUUCAUUUCAUUUGAUGGCAUUCCCUGAUGAUAUUGAUAUGGACAUUUUAAGC